AUGUCACUUCAAGCUAUCAAAUAUGAUGGUCAGAACAAGACCUUAGAGAUUCUGGAUCAGUUAAAGCUUCCUCAUCAAUCCAUAUACGUGCCAAUUCGCAAUGUCCAAGAUGCCUUCAAAGCUAUUAAGGACAUGGUUGUAAGAGGUGCUCCUGCCAUAGCCAUUGUAGCAGCCCUCUCCUUGGCAGUUGAGCUCAAUCAAGAAAAAGCGUCCUUCAAGACAACCGAGGAAGCUAAGAAGGCAAUUGUUGAUAAAUUAGAUUAUUUGGUAGGAGCUCGCCCCACCGCUGUGAAUCUUGGUAGAGCUGCUAAUGACCUGAAGAAGCUGGUUGCAGAGUCUUCAUCAGAUGUUGUCGAUAAGGUAAUCAAGGCCGCUGAGCAGAUGCUUGUAGAUGAUGUCUCUGAUAACGAGAAUAUUGGUCAUUAUGGUGCUGAGUGGAUCAUGAGCCAGGUCCCCAAGUCUACUGAUAGAAUUUCGGUUUUGACCAUUUGUAACACUGGCUCACUUGCCACUGCUGGAUACGGUACUGCUCUAGGAGUCAUUCGUUCUCUCCAUGCUGCUGGAAAUCUUGAACAUGCUUACUGUUUGGAAACUCGUCCAUAUAACCAGGGUUCCCGUUUAACUGCCUAUGAACUUGUGCAUGACAAGAUUCCUGCAACUUUGAUCACUGACUCGAUGGCUUCAUCGCUACUUCGUGCUCACCCUGAGAUUAAGCUUAUUGUCGUAGGAGCUGAUCGUGUGGCUGCUAAUGGUGAUACUGCGAACAAGAUUGGUACCUAUCAGUUAGCAGUUGUGGCUAAGCACCACGGAGUCAAGUUUGUUGUUGCUGCCCCCAAUACAACUAUUGAUCUAAACACACCUAAUGGAGAUGCUAUUGUCAUUGAACAGCGUGCACCUCACGAACUUACACAAGUCAAGGGAGCCGUUGUGGAAGCAGACGGUACAAUCAACCCGGAUAAGGCUGCUACAGUUAGUACAGCUGCUCCAGGUAUUGGCGUCUGGAACCCAUCCUUUGACGUUACUCCACACGAGCUCAUCGAUGCCGUUGUCACGGAAAAACGGGCCUUCACCAGACAACCAGGUGCUGCAUUUAACUUUAGAGACUAA